GCGCAAAUAUGCAGUUUUAGUUCACGCGUGCUCAAAACUGCAUCAAACUGAUUGGGAGCAGUAAGAUAUGCGAAUCAGUCUAUCAAGUGGCUCUCGGUCGGCGGAGCAUGGGAAAGUAACUCGAAACACUGAAAUUUCGAUCCGUGGAGGUUAUGGUCCAGUCAGUGCUACCUAACUUAAUUUUUUGUCAAAAACAUUGUGGGGCUAAGUUAUGAUGAAGUUUAAGAUUCACUUCUUAAAUGAAUUCAGUAGUAGUGCGCAUUAAGUUGAAUCUUCAUCGAGAUGGGUGCGGAUAUCUAAAGGUUGUUCACCGGGAGGCCUUAAAAUAAAGUUUAAUGAUUGUGGAACAUCUUGAAAUUAGAAGACUGACAGGGGCAAACCGGGCUUAAUUGUGGUGGAAGAAUAUCCGGAAGUCUGCGAGACUUUCCUCUGUUACCAAACUUGGUGCUGAUUUGUGCAAGCAUCUCGCAUACUGAAAUCGCGUUAGAGCUAGUCUCGUUCAACACGUUGGGCUGAAAAAGUAAAAUCAGAGCAUCAUCGAACACAUUUCGUCGAUAUAAUAUCCGGCCGUAACAAGAAAAAUCAGUGGCCCUUCGAAAAUGAAUGAAUGCACAUAACGGGACAGAUUGUAGAAGAAGUAAAAAAUUAUCAUCUUCCCUUGUUUACAUUUUUAUUAAUGUCAUGAGGCUUGUUCGGUUCUCCAGAUUGAUCUGAAAUAAAUUUAUUUUUCACUACUUUCAAAAGGCCCUGAUGUGCGACAAAGGAAUCUUUUUUUUCACCCAAUAUAAUUCGAAAACAUUUAAGGAGCGAUCGUAAUUAAUUCUCAUGUUGGAUUCAAAGCUUUAGGUUUUGAAGGAAAGCCAGUAUCAAAGAAUAAAAACAAUUUACCGUCAAAAUAACGUAUGCUGAUGAUCAUACAUUCUAAAAGCUAACCUCACAUGCAUUAAUUUUACAACAGUUUAUUCGUAGUAACCAUAAUCACGUUGGUUACAUCAGUAAGAUUGUGGACCUCGUAAUAUUGUAGUCUAGUUCUUCAGGGCCGAUUGGCACCAGGGAAAGUGCGAUGACGCCUAGAAAGCCACCGGUGCCUUCGCCCAACCAAUUCUUCAUUUCGUGUGAAAAUGUGCAACUCAUGCAAACUGAAUGGAGCGAUGAAACAACUAAUAACACGAGCACGAACACUGACGAUAUUGACCGCCCACCGGCUAGUAUUUUCAAACCGGUCUUGGCUACCCUUGCAUCGACGGCUUGUCAAUUUUUUUUGGGCGCCAUGCUUGGCCAGUCGUCGACUAUGCUUCCACAGUUGAAAGCGGAGGGCAGCUCCAUCAGGAUCACAGACGAACAGGCAACGUGGAUAGCUAGCAUGGGCGUUAUCGGCACUCCGAUGUCAUCGAUUCUCUGCGGUCCUCUGACUGACAAGCUCGGUCGGAAAAGGAUAAUUUUGGUGUUUCUUUUUCUCUCGGCAGUUGGUCAUGCGUUGUUAGGAUAUUCUUCAAAUCUGACUGAAAUACUCAUCGGAAGAUUCCUCCUUGGAACCGCCGCAGGUUUUGGGUUCCCGUCACUGGUGUACAUCUCGGAGAUCUCGACCCCGAAGCACCGGAGCCUGCUGCUCUCUUCGGCGACCAUCUCGGCGUCUCUGGGCCUCACCUACGUCUACUCGGUAGGCGGCUCCAUGCCGUGGGACAGGGCCUCCCUCAUCACGGCCAGCCUCUCCCUCCUGGCCCUCGUCUACGCCUGCAGCAUCCCGGAGUCCCCCGCCUGGCUCUUCCAACACCAGCGUCGCCAGGAGACAAUUGAAAGCCUCAAAUGGCUCAAAGGCCAGCACUGCAAUAUUGAGGUGGAACUGAAGCUACUAGAAGCUUCUUGCAACCACCAGAAGAAAAGAGCGCUGGCCCUAAGUCAACUGACCAAGCCGACCGUAUUUAAGCCGUUUCUUGUUCUGUCCUGUCUCGCUUUCAUGCAAAAUGGCACCGGGUUCUACAUCCUCCUCUACUACUCCGUCGACUUCCUCCGGGAAUUCAAAACGACCAUGGACCCGCAAAAGGUUUCGAUCGCGUUGGCGCUGACCCGGCUGAUAUCGUGCACGGUGGCGUCGCUCUUCAUCAAGCGGCUGAAGCGGCGGACGGUGGGCAUAUUCUCGGGGCUGGCCAUGGCCGGGAUCCUGGGGGUGAUCUACCUCUCGCUGACCGCCUUCCGCGAGGCCGUCGGCUCCGGCCCGGUCCCGGUGCUCAGCCUCCUCGCCUACAUCUUCGCCUGCAGCCUCGGCGUCCACCCCCUUCCGUGGCUCAUGAUCUUCGAGCUCUACCCCCUCAGCGUCCGCGGCCUCAUGUGCGGCCUCAGCAACUCCGUCUGCUACCUCUUCACCUUCCUCUUCCUCAAGCUCUACUACGUCAUGAUCACCAACCUCCAGAUCCACGGCACGAUCCUCCUCUUCUUGUGCUCGUCGGCCGCCUUCGGGCUCUUCUCCGCCUUCCUCCUGCCGGAGACUCAGGGCAAGACUCUCCUGGAGAUCGAGCAGGGGUUCAUGUCCAAGAAAGACAGAGCCGCCAGGAGGAGUGGCUGAUGAUGCCAUGAACGCGGAUGCGAAAUGAAAGAGCACUGGAAAAAAAACACAUUGGAUUUGGAGUCCAGACUCUUGAAAACAUUGACAAGAAAAAAUACUCUGGUUUCAAUCGAAUUUUUGCUCGAAUCAAAACGAAAUCCGCUUAAAUUAAGAGGCUUGGCUCUUGAUUUAUGGGCUCUUGAUUGAUUUAUCUCGAUUGAAUCGAGAGUACUUUUUCUUGUCGAUGUUUUUAAAAGUCUGGACACUAGAUCUAAUGCGUUUUUUUCCAGGAGGGGAGGAUUUGGGCCGUUUUUAGCCCCACGACUAUCUUUUUGCUGUAAUUCGUUACUUGAACGUGCCAAGAGAAAGAAUGUGAAGUCUCAAAUAUGCUAUGAUAAGUCCACAUCAUCAACAAUUUUACAUUACAAAAAAAAUGUCUAAAGGUCUCUGGGAUUUUGGCUGAAGCUCUGUCGUGUUAGGGAAUUUUUUUUUUUUUUUUUUACUUUCUUAUGGGACUUUUUUCGGAACUUUCUCAGCGAACUCCCCACUGAGUAACAUUUCCAGAUAACAAGGUGUUUAAGUUCAUAACUUAUUUAAUGUUUGUUUGUUUACUCCCAUCAGAGCAAAUACAAUUUUUCCGAAAUUCAAA